AUGUCUGAGAUAAUGCAAUGGUUCAACAAUCUGCCACAAUUCACGCGAUACUGGUUCGGCCUAUCGGUGGUGUUCCCCAUCGCCGCUCUAUUCUUCUAUCCCAUGAAAUUUCAUUUCCUCAUAAACCUGUACUUCUUGUACAGCUAUUCCCUCCGAUUAGAGACAGACCAAUUUAACGGACGUCCGGCCGACUACUUGUUUCUUCUUAUAUUCAAUUGGCUCUCAAUUGUGUUAAUAUCGCUGUUUAUGAAUGUCAUGCUUCUGAUGGAUCCCAUGGUUUUGAGUGUUCUCUACAUUUGGUGUAAUCUAAACAAAGAAGUAAUCGUCAACUUCUGGUUCGGCACUCAAUUCAAAGCCCUAUACCUUCCGUGGGUUUUACUCGGAUUCAACAUUAUUAUGGGCGGCGGAGGAGUCGAUGAAGUGAUUGGUAUAGUUGUGGGACAUCUCUAUUACUUUAUUUUCUUCAAAUACCGCGAGGAAUACGGCGGAACACCACUCAUAUCGACGCCAAGCUUUCUCUACCAUUACUUCCCGUCAGUGCCGGGCAGGGGAUCAGUUCACGGAGGCUUUCAACCCCCUCCCCAACGACCCAAUGACCAGAACCAGCAAAGGGGCGGACGAUAUAACUGGGGCUCCGGACAGGUGUUGGGCGGACAGUGACACCAAACCACUGACUGACGCAAGAAAUAAAUUAUAUUUUUAUUGUUUUGCAAUAAAUUAUUACAAAUUAUUUGUAAAUAAUUUGAUAAUUUUUAACAUU